AUGAAUCAGACUUCCUGCACUUAUAUCAAAGCUCCAUCCUCACACAACAUUGUGUUCAGGGAGGGUCGGGUGACGGAGACCCGCACAGGUCCUCUUGGAUGCAGUAACUAUGACAACCUUGACUCUGUUAGCUCUGUGCUGGUUCAGAGUCCUGAAAAUAAAGUCCAGUUACAAGGCCUGCAGGUGAUCCUCCCUGACUACUUGAGAGAAGGUUUUGUGAAGGCUGCUCUCAGUUACAUAGCCUGUAACGGUGAGGGUGAAUUCGUAUGCAGGGACAAUGACUGCUGGUGCCAUUGUGACCCCAAGUUCCCAGAAUGCAACUGUCCCUAUUUGGACAUCCAAGCCAUGGAAAAGAGCCUGGAAAGGAUCACAGAGACAUGGGGGAUACUCUAUAAAGAGUUUGAGGAGUCAGAUGAAUUCAAGGCGUUCUACUCAAGACUUCCGCAGAACUAUUUCCUGAAUGUGUCAGGCAUACAACACUUGUGGGCGUUGGACAACUUGUUCCAGUGGCGUUAUGAGCAGCUGGAGAACAGCAUGCAAGUCCUCUCCAGUAGAGCCCAGAGAGUCAUCUUCAAGCUCUUCAGUCUCAGUAAAAGAUGUCAGCGCCAGCCCCAAGUCCACCUACCGAGAGAACGGUCUCAGUCAUACUGGCUGAGUCAUAUACAGUCCCUCCUGUAUUGCUCAGAGAACAACCAGCUUGGUGCUUUCUCUGAGGAGCUCCACAGCUGCAGCUGCCGAUACGAACACAGCCCCUGUCAGCUGCCCCCGCCAUGCUCCGUUGGGGAAGGCUCGGCCUGUGCUGCCUGUGCACCAGACAACCACACACGCUGUGGGAGCUGCAACCCCGGCUUCGCCCUGACGCAGGGGGCCUGCAGGUCCAUGGUGGCUGACUCUACGGAGAACUACCUGGGAUUUGAGACAGACCUCCAGGAUUUGGAGCUGGGCUACCUACUGCAGAGAGCUGACCGCAGGCUAGAGGUAUUUUUCUUUUAG